CCGGAAAUUGACGUUUAGACCUUCACAAAAUUGAGCCGAACGAGUCCAGUCAACCCGGAACUUUUCUUUGGUUACUUCAUCAUUGUCAAAAAGUCGUUUUUUAUUUAUUUAUUCCGUUUUCUCAAAGGGUUCUACAAAACACCAUGUUUAUGGAAAAGUUCCCCUCUUGCUGAAGCGAACAGUAAAGGGAGCGUUACAAAUGUUUCUGGUCGUAACUGCGGCGGUUCCUAACGGACAGUAGCCCUCGACUCUUUUCAAACCAGAUAGGGGAGGGUGUGGGCGCCAUGCCGCAGCAGAAGGACAUAGUGAGGAUUGCCAUCCAGAUGACUGGGGUCUUCCCCCAGCUCAUACAACUGGACCAGAAAAAGCCUCUGUCUGCUGUCAUUAAAGAGGUCUGUACUUGCUGGACUCUUCCGGGGCCCGAGAACUACGCCCUGCAGUACACGGACGGAGUUCAGACCUACAUCACCGAAUCGAACCGCCUGGACAUCAAGAACGGCUGCAUUCUGCGCCUGACCAAGACUCCGGGUCGCUGUGCAGAAGACCUGUUCAAAGGGAUCCAGAGCACGGAGUCGGGCGUGCGCUGUGAUUCACUGAAGGAACUGGCGGGCAUUUCCAAGGAUGUGACCUUUGCUCAAGAGUUCAUCAGCAGAGACGGACACCUGUUAUUGGUUAAAAUAGUAGAGGACUCAAAGGAGAGCAAUGUGAUCAUGACUCACACGCUGACGGCGUUCAUGGCGCUGAUGGAUCACGGCAUCGUUUCAUGGGAGAAUCUCUCUUCGGUUUUCAUCAAAAAGAUCGCCAGCUUCGUCAACUCCGCCCCCUUCGAUGCUUCGAUUCAGCAGGUGUCCCUGGACAUCCUGGAGAGCAUGGUGCUGAGCAGCUAUAGUCUCUUUCUUCUGGUCAAACAGGAAAUUACCACCAAGAGGCUCAUUGAUCACCUGCAUGUGACGAAUCAGCAGAUCCAGACCAAAGCCAUGGCCCUCCUCAUGGCUCUGCUGCAAACAGCCGGAGAUUCGGACAGACAGGAAAUGCUGAAAUUACUGAACGAUAAGAGUUUCCGUCAAUACAUUUGCAAGGAUAUCAUCCACAGUUCAGGCACAGUUCAAGAUGAGAUGGCCCACUACCUCUAUGUCCUCCAGUCGGUCACCCUGAAUCAGCUGGAGUCUCGCAUGAAAACGCCUCUGGACGUUUACAACCAGGAACAGCGAGAUGCCCUCCACAAGUUGCGGGACUCUGCGUUUGACGUAGAAAGUGAGAACCUGAGUCACGAGAGAAGACGUUCGCUCUGCGCAAAAGAAUUUAAGAAACUGGGUUUUUCUAACAACAGCAAUCCCGGUCAGGAUUUGGUCCGAACACCUCCUGGUCUUUUAGCCUUGGACACCAUGUGUUACUUUGCCACGCAAUAUACUGAAGCCUUCAAGAGGUUCGUCCUGGAGAACAGCAGCAGAGAAGACAAACACGAGUGUCCGUUUGCCCGGAGCAGCAUCCAGCUCACGCACAUCCUGUGUGAAAUCCUCCGUAUCGGAGAACCCGCAUCAGAGACGGGAUCUGACUAUCACACAAUCUUCUUCAACCAGGACAAGCUGUUGGAGGAGCUUUUCUGUGUCUGUAUUCAGCUGCUCAACAAGACCUGGAAGGAGAUGAGAGCCACACAGGAGGACUUUGAUAAGGUGAUGCAGGUGGUGAGGGAGCAGAUCACCAGGACGCUGGCCAACAAGCCCACCUCGCUGGAGUUCUUCAAGAACAAAGUGAACGCUCUGAACUACAGCGAGAUCCUGAAGCUGCGGCAGACGGAGCGCCUGCACCAGGAGGAGACGCUGGCUCCGCCCGUGCUCGAGCUCAAAGAGCGGCUGAAGCCGGAGCUGCUGGAGCUGAUCCGCCAGCAGCGGCUCAACCGACUCUGCCAGGGAACCAUGUUCAGAAAGAUCAGCAGCCGCCGCCGACAGGAUAAACUGUGGUUUUGCCGCCUGUCGCCAAACCACAAAAUGCUUCACUACGGCGACGUGGACGAGGACGCCGAAAACCCACCGAUCGAAACGCUGCAGGAGAAGAUUCCUGUCGCAGAUAUUAAAGGCUUACUGAUCGGGAAAGACUGCCCGCACAUGAAGGAGAACAAAGGCAAGCAGAACAAGGAGGUGCUGGAUCUGGCUUUCACCAUCAUAUAUGAUGUAGAGGAGUACAGCUUAAACUUCAUCGCUCCCUCCAGGACCGAUUUCUGCCUGUGGACGGACGGACUGAGUGUCCUCCUGGGUCGGGAGAUGAGCAGCGAGGCCAUGCGCAGCGAGCUGGAGAUCCUCCUGUCGAUGGAGAUAAAGCUCCGCCUCCUGGACCUGGAGAACAUUCCCAUUCCCGACAGCGCCCCCGUCGUUCCCAAACCUCCCAGCAACUACAACUUCUGCUACGACUUCAGCCAGACGGAGCAGUAGGGCGGCAGAGCCCGGCGAUGCGUGCACGUGUAAAUAAUGUGUGUGUUCAUGUGCCCUGACGUGCACUCAUGCACUUACUUGAUGUAACUCGGAUAAACAGUUUAUUUUGCCUGGGGGGGGGGAGAGUUUAACGCCCCCUGCUGACUGAAUUUUCACAGUAGGUUGUUUCUCUAGUGGAUUUUAACGUCCUCUCGACGUCACGGUUAAAAAACGACAGUAAUCCUCAUUACUUGGCACAGUGAAAUAUGGUACUUUUAUAGUGUUUUAUAAUGUUUUAUAAGAGGUUUAUUUGUAUCUGAGCUUUUUUUUAAAUGAGACUAAUCUUUCAGCUUUUUAUGAUGAUAUUAAUUCCAACAAGAAGUUUCUGGUCAUAUGGUACAAAGUUUCUUAAUGAAGACUGUGCAGCAGUUCUGUUUGUUUUCUCAAUCACAUAUUUAAAUCUUGAUGCUUUCCACGUGUGUAGAUCUAUAAUCGCCCACAGUGUUGUGGGUUUGGUCCUGGCUGAACGUCAAUGUGACGCUGUUGAUGCUCGGUACGCGCGACGACGAGGGCUGCAGUCGCUGAGCUCAUGAACUGACGAAAAACCCUGCAGUGCAAAGGGUUUGGUUGAUACUUGGUGGGGGGGUGGGGGUCGUAUCAACCGUCUGUCAUUCUUUUCCAACCCUCGGACUUCUGCUGUGUUGGUACUCUUGGAAUCACGGCACAAAUAAACCGUUUGAUUGAAGCUGCA